AUGACAUUUGCCCGCGCAAGCUCGUCGGACGAUCCGAAGAGAAAGACCGACCUUCAUACACUCAUCCGCGAGAAGAAGGGCAUCCUCGCUACCGCUGCGCUUGGCCAGAAGAUAGUUCUCGAAGGUCUCAGCAUAUCCGAGGUCCAUCGCACAGGCUCUCACGGCACGAGAAUGACACUUCUAAUUUCGCGCAACACCCACCGCAAUCCUAAAUAG